CAUUAAUCUUUGAAAAAGAGUUACUUUAUAAGCCCAUUAGGUUAGGGUUUUUAGGCUUUCGUUGUGGCGGCCUAAACUCUACAGCUUCUCUCUGCGACUGCGAAGCUCCGAAACCCUUUGUCACAGUCGAAGCGCCUCCUCGCUCGGUCAACAUGGGGAAGACACGUGGAAUGGGAGCUGGUCGCAAGCUUAAGUCCCACCGUAGAAGGCAAAGGUGGGCUGACAAGUCAUACAAGAAGUCCCACCUUGGCAAUGAAUGGAAAAAACCCUUUGCUGGAUCGUCUCAUGCAAAAGGCAUUGUUCUCGAAAAAAUUGGUAUUGAGGCUAAACAGCCAAACUCUGCUAUUAGAAAAUGUGCUCGAGUUCAGCUGAUUAAGAAUGGGAAGAAGAUUGCAGCUUUUGUUCCAAACGAUGGUUGCUUGAACUAUAUUGAAGAGAAUGAUGAGGUGCUGAUUGCAGGAUUUGGCAGAAAGGGGCAUGCAGUCGGAGAUAUUCCCGGAGUCAGAUUUAAGGUUGUGAAGGUAUCGGGGGUGUCUCUUUUGGCCCUCUUCAAGGAGAAGAAGGAGAAGCCUAGGUCUUGAACUACCUCCUCUAAAACUCCAGUCUGUUGUUGGGUUUUCCAACUCUUUAGUUAAGAGAGCAUUUUGUGAAGCAGUCCUACCCCCUUUCUUCUCCCUCUUCUUUCUCUCCAUUUGUUACCUACUAUUUUUCUCAUGGAACCCACUGUCUAGCUUCCGUUUCAUUGGGACAAACUAGAAAUCCGCUUUUUGUCAUUGUAAAACUGAAGGAUCUGGUAACUAUUGCUCAUCUUGUUUUCUUGAAUUUAUUUGCUAUGCAUAGGAUUUUGAUUUUCUA